AUGAAAGAAACUGUUGUUGAUUUCACGCCCAAAUGCAUUUCUGGGAUCGAGUUUGGCGCGUUGUCGGCAGCAGAGAUCGUUGCCCAGAGCGAGGUGGAGGUGGCCACGCGCAACCUGUUUGAUCUGGACCACGGCCGUGCUCCUGUGGCGAACGGUGCCCUGGACACCAAGAUGGGUAUCUCGUCGAAGAGCGGCGAAUGUGCCACGUGCCACGGCAACCUGAACACGUGCCACGGCCAUUUCGGCCACAUCAAGCUCGCGCUGCCCGUUUUCCAUGUGGGCUACUUCAAGUCGAUCAUCCAGGUGCUACAGACGAUCUGCAAGACCUGCUCUGCGGUGCUGCUGGACGAGGCCAGCAAACGGCAAUUUUUGAGCGACCUCAGACGGCCCGGUCUGGACAAUUUGCGGCGCAUGAAGAUCCUCAAGAAACUGCUUGACCAGGCCAAGAAACAGCGCCGGUGUCUGCGAUGCGGUGCGCUGAACGGCGUGGUCAAGAAAGCGGCUGCCGGGGCCGGUCCUGCCGCGCUCAAGAUCAUCCACGACACGUUCAGAUGGGUUGGCAAGAAGGGCGCGGACGAGAAACUGCAAUGGGACGAGGAUUUCGAGGACCUGUUUGACGAGAACCCUGAUCUGGAGAAAUUUUUCAAGCGGUGCUUUGACGACCUCAACCCGUUAAAGGUGCUGAAUUUGUUUAAGCAGGUGGACCCGAGCGACUGCGAGCUGCUGGGAAUCGACCCGUCCAAGGGCGGGCGGCCAGAAAUGUACCUGUGGCGGUACCUGCCCGCGCCGCCGGUGUGUAUCCGGCCGUCUGUGGUGAUGACCGACACCAACACGUCGAACGAGGACGACUUGACGGUGAAGCUGACGGAGAUCGUGUGGACGUCGUCGAUGAUCCGGGCCGGCAUUGAGAAGGGCAUCUCGAUCAACUCGCUGAUGGAGCAGUGGGACUACCUCCAGCUGGCGGUGGCCAUGUACAUCAACUCGGACUCGGCGUCUCCGUCGGCUCUUUCUGGUGGCACGAGCACCAAGUCGGCCAAGCCCAUCAGGGGCCUGUGCCAGCGGCUCAAGGGCAAGCAGGGCCGGUUCCGGGGCAAUCUGUCGGGGAAAAGAGUGGACUUUUCGGGCCGCACGGUGAUCAGCCCGGACCCGAACUUGCGCAUCGACGAGGUGGCCGUUCCGGACCGCGUGGCCAAGGUCCUGACGUAUCCCGAGCGCGUGACGCGCUACAACAAGGCCAAGCUGCAGGCCCUGAUCAUCAACGGCCCCGACGUGCACCCGGGAGCCAAUUAUCUGGUGAAAAAACACGAGGACGUGAAACGGAACCUGCGCUACGGCGACCGCAACAAACUGGCCAAACAGCUGGCCGUGGGCGACGUGGUCGAGAGACACAUUGAGGACGGCGACAUUGUGCUGUUCAACAGACAGCCGUCGCUGCACCGGCUGUCGAUCAUGUCGCAUUUCGCCAAGAUCCGGCCGUGGCGGACGUUCCGGCUGAACGAGUGCGUCUGCACGCCGUACAACGCGGACUUCGACGGAGACGAGAUGAAUCUACACGUUCCGCAGACGGAGGAGGCGCGCGCGGAGGCCAUGAACCUGAUGGGCGUGAAGAACAACCUGCUGACGCCCAAGUCGGGCGAGCCGAUCAUCGCGGCGACACAGGACUUCAUCACGGGGUCGUACCUGAUCUCGAACAAGGACACGUUCUAUGACCGCGCCACCUUCACGCAGAUGCUGGCGAUGAUGUCUGACGGCGCGUUGCACGUCGACAUCCCGCCGCCGGCGAUCUUCAAGCCUGCGUUUCUGUGGACGGGCAAGCAGCUGUUCAGUCUGCUGAUCCGGCCCAACAGACAGUCCAAGGUGGUGAUCAACCUGGACGCGAAGAACAAGACGUUUGUGCCGCCGCCGGCGGGCAUGCCGAGCGAGAUGUCGCCGAACGACGGGUUUGUGGUGAUCCGCAACUCGCAGAUCCUGUCGGGCGUGAUGGACAAGUCGACGCUCGGAGACGGGAAAAAGCACUCGGUGUUCUACACGAUACUGCGCGACUACGGCGCCGAGGAGGCGGCCAACGCGAUGAACAGGAUGGCCAAGCUGUGUGCGCGGUAUCUGGGGAACCGGGGAUUCUCGAUCGGCAUCAACGACGUGACACCGGGCGAAAACCUCAAGAACAGGAAGGAGGAGCUUGUGGAGAUGGCGUACCGCAAGUGCGACGAGCUGAUCACGCUGUUCAAGACGGGCAAGCUCGAGACGCAGCCGGGCUGCAACGAGGAGCAGACGCUGGAGGCCAAGAUCGGCGGGCUGCUGUCGAAGGUGCGGGAGGAGGUCGGCGAGGUGUGCAUCAAGGAGCUCGACAAGUCGAACGCGCCGCUGAUCAUGGCGACGUGCGGGUCCAAGGGCUCGACUCUGAACGUGUCGCAGAUGGUGGCUGUUGUUGGGCAGCAGAUCAUCUCUGGCCACCGUGUGCCGGACGGGUUCCAGGACCGGUCGCUGCCGCACUUCCUCAAGAACUCGAAGUCGCCGCAGUCGAAAGGGUUUGUGCGCAACUCGUUCUUUUCCGGGCUCAGUCCGCCCGAGUUCCUGUUCCACGCCAUCUCCGGCAGAGAGGGGCUCGUGGACACGGCCGUCAAGACCGCCGAGACGGGCUACACCUCGCGCCGGCUCAUGAAGUCGAUGGAGGACCUGAGCGCCGGCUACGACGAGACCGUGCGCAACUCGAGCAACGGCAUUGUGCAGUUCAACUACGGCGGCGACGGGCUCGAUCCGUUCGACAUGGAGGGCGACGCGCGCCCGGUCAACUUCAACCGCACGUGGGACCACGCGUUCAACGUCACGCUGGACCACCGCGAGCGCGGGCUGUAUCCGUACGAGGCGCUGCGGAUCGCGGACUCGGUGCUGCAGCCGCUCAAGGACCGGCUCGUGCGCCUGGACAACUUGGGCCGGCCCGUGGCAGGGCGCGACGCGGAGCGGAUCGAGUACGUCGACCGGCACGACGCCGAGCGCGACUUCUACAGCUCCAUCAGGGCGUACAUCGAGGCGAAGUGCCGGAGCAUCGCAAAGCUGCGUGAGCAGCGCGGCCUGGACCCGCUGUUGGAGGAGCCGGCCGCGCGGCCCGUGUCGGACCCGGAGCGCGAGCGCGUGGUGACGCAGCUGGCCAAGGUGUCGGAGAGCAUGAUCCGCGAGUUCUUGCGGCUGUGCCUGCACAAGUACCUGAAAGCGAAGGUGGAGCCCGGCACGGCUGUCGGGGCGAUCGGCGCGCACUCGAUCGGCGAGCCGGGCACGCAGAUGACGCUCAAGACGUUCCACUUUGCGGGCGUCGCGUCGAUGAACGUGACGCUGGGAGUGCCCCGGAUCAAGGAGAUCAUCAACGCGUCGAAGGUGAUAUCGACGCCGAUCAUCAACGCGGUGCUGGUCAACGACGAGGACGAGCGUGCGGCGCGCGUGGUGAAGGGCCGCGUCGAGAAGACGAUCCUGGAGGACGUGGCGUUCUUCAUCGAGGACGUGUACAAGGAGAACCAGGCGUUCUUGCAGGUGAAGAUCGACCUGCACACGAUCGAGCGGCUGCAGCUGGAGCUGACGAUCGAUCAGAUCGCGACGGCCAUCGUGGACGCGCCGAAGCUCAAGAUCUCGCGCGGCGACGUGGCGGUCGUCGGGAAAAACAGGAUCCAGGUGUUUGUGUCGGAGACGGGCGCCGACACGGGCAAGACGCCGCGCACGGCGUCGUCGCGUGAGUCGUCGGUGGUCAAGGACGCCGACGAGCGCGAGCGGCUCGAGCGCACGUCGCUGUUCUUCCGCAUGCAGCAGCUGAAGCGCGUGCUCACCAAGGUUGUCGUGAAAGGUCUGCCGGACAUCUCGCGCGCGGUGAUCAACGUCAAGGACGACGGCAGGAAGGAGCUGCUGGUGGAAGGCUACGGCCUCAAGGCGGUGAUGGCGACGGACGGCGUGGUGGCACACAGAACCAAGACAAACCACGUGCUCGAGAUCUUCGAUGUGCUCGGCAUCGAGGCCGCGCGCGCCAGCAUCAUCUCCGAGAUCGACUACACCAUGGGCUCGCACGGCAUGGCCGUCGACCCGCGGCACAUCCAGCUGCUCGGCGACGUGAUGACGUACAAGGGCGAGGUGCUGGGAAUCACGCGGUUCGGGCUCGCCAAGAUGCGCGACUCGGUGCUGCAGCUGGCCUCGUUCGAGAAAACCACCGACCAUCUGUUCGACGCGGCGUUCUACAUGAAAAAAGAUCUGGUGGAAGGUGUUUCCGAGAGAAUUAUCCUGGGCCAGACGAUGAACAUCGGCACGGGCGCGUUCAAGCUGGCAGCACAGAGCAAAGUCGACCCGGGCAAGCUCAGGAAAAAGGAAACGCUGUUCGAGGACCUGUGUGCGCCCGUCGCGGUGGCCGUGUAA